GCCUUCUCAUGGUGUUUUGCCUCACGUUUGCUGCUUCUAGCUGCUGUGUUGUUUGUCUUCUGGAGAAGUCAAGGAUUCUUUGUUCCGAAUUGGAACAAUGAUUUCAUACAUUUUGCUUUUAUUUUUAAGUUUUUUGGUAUUAUGCUCUAUUGCACUACCAUCAUCAUGUCCGAAUCUUUGUGAAUGCGAUCAAAAUGACUCGUCUUGGAGUGUUUAUUGUCGAAAGGCAAUCAUAAACGAUACGAUUUACGCGGAAAUUCUAAACCAACUUCCGUUGACUCUUCGAUCACUUCAUAUUCAGCCGCCCUCAAAUCGCAUUGGUUCUAACAAACUUCGAUGGAAUGACAACAUAAACCGUUUUGCACAGCUUCGAGUUCUUCGUCUCAUCAAUUGUCAGAUUCCAGCAAUGUCCCGAUCCAUUCGACUGCCAUCUUUGGAAGUAUUAGAUCUACACUCAAACAAUAUUGAGCAUGCGACAAUGAGCAACUUUGGUGGUAUGCCAAAACUUCGAGUAUUGGAUUUAUCAUCGAAUCAUUUGAAUAUUCUUCCAACUGGAGUAUUCACAUAUCUUAGAGCCCUGCGAUCAUUGUCUCUAUCCAAUAAUACUAUCAGUGAUCUUUCUACAAAUUUACUUCGAGGUCUCAAUUCUCUUCGAGUUCUACGACUAGACCGGAAUCCUAUUCCAAUUGAACACAUCAAUGAGUUAUUCACAGAUGUUUCCCAAUUGGAUGAAUUAUAUUUGAAUCAUUGCAAUCUUUCAUCAAUUUAUUCUCUGGCUCUUGAUCGUAUUCCUCAACUCCGUCAACUUGGAAUCGGAGGAAAUAAUCUCAAAAUGGUUCCAACUAAAGAACUGAGAUCUCUUCCUCAACUUUCUGUUCUCGACUUGUCUCACAAUUCCAUUCAAGAAAUCACAGCCUGUGCAUUUUGCAAUACGAAUAUCUCAAAAUUGGAUCUUUCCCACAAUUUGCUCGGAAUUUCGAAAGACUCUCCGUUUAACGAGGAUGCGUUCCGAACGAUGCCAUUACGUCAUCUGGAUUUGUCAUUCAAUCAUAUGAAUGAUUUUGACUCAAAAUGGUUGGGAUGGGCACAAGAAGAGCUGACUUCGAUUGCAUUGUCAGGAAAUUUCUUGAAAAAUUUCGAGGAGUCAUGGACCUAUACAUUGAAGUCGUUGAUUCAUCUCGAACUGGCCUACAACCACAUCAAAUUCAUCCCGGUACAGCUGCCGUCUCGCUAUUACCACCUGAUUUCAUUGAACAUUUCCGGAAAUGAAUUGACUUAUUUGCCUGACAAUAUCAACACUUUGCUUCCAAAUGUGAAAACUUUCGACAUCACAGCCAACCGAUUCCACACCUUCUCGCAUACAGAUUUGGCAUUCCUAAAUAAUGUUGAACAAGUGUACGUAGAUGGAAAUCCUUGGGAUUGUUCAUGUGCUAUUCAAGGACUUCAAGUUCAUAUGCGAGAUCGUUAUGCGAUGAGACACAUUCUCAACUACGAUAAUGUCCGAUGCGCGACACCAUCGCUUGUGGAAGGUCAUUCAGUUCUGGCAAUUACCGACGUAAACGACUGUGCCGUUUUGUUUGGUGCACGGUAUGGAUUAACGCAAACAAGUGAAAUGCUCAUACUUCUCGCAGGAGUUCUCCUUUUUGCCGCACUACUUCUUAUGAUUCUUGGAUGCAUCUAUUUCCUUCGUGAGCGACAGUACAAAGGAUCAUAUGUGACACGAGAACACUCUCGAACUCCACUCACGAUGGCAAACACACAUAGUUGCUCUUCGAGUACAAAUGAUACACAUGGUCCAUUAUCACCACCAUUUGAUCCAUUCUUGGUUAGUACUGAAACAUUUAAAGCCACUCCUCCAUUGAUUCCACCAGCACCUCCAAAACCUGGAUCAUCCUAUUUUGGCAUUUAAAUAUCCUUUUGAGAGUUUCAAAUGUUUCAAAAAUCUAAAUCCGUGUGAUUAUUUGCAUCCAUCUAGUCGUUCGAUCUCCCAGCCCCAUUUUCAUGUAUUUUUGCCCCCUUUUUCGAUACGGUGUUCAAUUGUUUAACCCUUUGUCUGUAAAUAAAAUAAACUGCUCGUAGAUAUACCAA